AUGGGGAAACGGAAACAUAAAAAGAAAAGAAUUGUUAAGAAUUCUGGUUCUUCUAGAAUCGUGCUUUCUCAAAAAGUCGAUGAUGGUGACGAAGUAUUUGAUGAAAUUGACAAAUUUCACGCUGAAUACGAUGCAAAGCUUUUAAAAAUUGUUAAACAACCAAAGAAACCUUUAGCAAAAGAAGUUUUAAGGGUUAUUUCUGAUGAAGAUUUUUCUGAAGAUGAAGAAGGAUUUUCUGAUGGAGAGGAAAGUCUAAAUAAUGAUAAUCAAAUAACUAGCAAUAAAUGGGGGAAAUUACGCCGUAAUUAUUAUGGGACGUCCUAUGUAGAUGGUGAUUAUGGUGGAGCAAUUCAUGAUUCUGACGAGGAAGAAGCUUUACAAUUAGAAGAACAAGACGCAAUCGCUCGCCAAAUAAAAUUAGAAAAUGCAAAUUCCUGCCUGGAUUUCAAUCAAUUUUUUCGAAAAGAUUUUGAGUUGAUUAAUUCUGAAGAGAAUGAUGAUGCGGGUGAGGAAUGUGGCCUUGCUGAUUUACUUCAAAUUGAAGUUCAACACCCGGCAGUUACAAGUAAUUCAUUGGAUGGGGAAGAGAACGAGGAUGAAAUUAUAGACGAGAGUGAUGACGAUUCUAAUUCUGAAAAUUCCGUUUCUUCUGUGAGUGAGUCUGAUGUUAAACAAGAAAAUAAAGAUGAUUCUGGCAGAGAGAGGAGAAAAAUAACAUAUGAGAUGAGAAAAAAUAAAGGUAUUCCAAAAGAUAGAGGACGGAAAAAGGUCAAAAGGCAUGCUCGUAUUGUUAAUCGAAGAAAGUUUCACAAAGCAAUGAUAAAGAAACGAUCACAGGUGCCUGAUUUGCGACGCGAAAUUGAUCGAUAUGGAGGUGAAAAGAGAGGAAUUCGUGUUAGUACAAUUAAAUCUAUUAAAUUUUAA